UGUGUGAUGUGGUAUGUGACCUGCAGUUAGAGGAAUGCAACGUUCAACCGGUAUCAACUCCAGUUACAGUGUGUGGGGAUAUACAUGGACAGUUUUAUGACUUGGAAGAGCUUUUCAGGACUGGUGGUCAGAUCCCAGAUACAAGUUAUAUUUUCAUGGGUGACUUUGUAGACCGAGGUUAUUACAGCUUAGAGACAUUCACUAGGUUACUCACACUAAAAGCAAAAUGGCCAGACCGUAUUGUUCUGUUGAGAGGGAAUCAUGAAAGCAGACAAAUUACACAAGUCUAUGGAUUCUAUGAUGAAUGUCAGACGAAAUAUGGAAAUGCUAAUGCAUGGAGGUACUGCACCAAAGUCUUUGAUCUUCUCACAAUCGCUGCAAUCAUUGAUGAGCAGGUUCUGUGUGUACAUGGAGGUCUGUCACCAGAUGUCAAGACCAUCGAUCAAAUCAGAAUGAUAGAACGAGCUCAGGAAAUACCUCAUAAAGGAGCAUUCUGUGAUCUCGUCUGGUCAGACCCCGACAAUGUGGAAACGUGGGCCAUAAGUCCGAGGGGGGCAGGCUGGCUGUUUGGUUCAAAGGUUACAAAUGAGUUUGUUCACAUCAACAACCUGAAGCUAAUAUGUCGAGCUCACCAGCUUGUGCAAGAAGGAUACAAGUACAUGUUUGACGACAAGCUAGUAACAGUGUGGAGUGCCCCCAACUAUUGCUACCGCUGCGGAAACAUCGCAUCGAUACUCGCGUUCAACGACGCCACCACCCGAGAAGCCAAACUAUUCCGUAAUGUUCCCGAUAGUGAACGUGUGAUUCCGGCUAGGACGACAACGCCGUAUUUCCUCUGAUCCUAUACUAAUCACAUAAAGACUGUCUGAACCAGAGAAUGUUGCAUAUUUCACAUCAUCUUUGGAAUUAAAUACAAAAUCACCUGCACAUAUAAUUGUGGGUGGAUCGGCUCCUUAUUCCCCUCAAUAAAUUAGUAAUGUACUUUGCUCGAAUGCAUGUGGUGUCAAACUUCAUAGUAAAACUGCAAAUGAAUUAAUUUAUAUUUUGGUCUUUCUUAACCAUCAAUUUGAUAAGGAAUUAAAACUAUGCUUCUGUGUAUUUUUAGAUAUAGACUUGAUGAAGAAUUGUAUGUAAAAGAAACAGGUACCUGUAUGUAGAUAAUGAGAAAAAAUUGCCUUUUUAGAACUGGAUGGAAUAAAGGAUAUUAAGUUCAGGUGUGGAUUCAUUUUUUUUUAAUUAAGAAAGGAUGAAUAUUUGUUGGUGUAAAUCUUCUCAUUUGAAUACAUCUUGAUGAUGUUCAUUCACACAUUUCACAUUUUCAGUGUCUGCUUUUCGCUUUUUAUGUUUACCAAGAAGUAUUUAUGAAAAUCGCUGUUUUCUGUUAUUCCGUCUCUCCCAUUCAAUCACCAGUAUAUCACUAUUUAUGAAUUUUUAACAUUAUCUUUGAUACUGUUUUUAGUGCCAGAUUUAAGUGAAUCAGAAUAGUAAGAUGUUUUUAAUGGGCAAUUUCCAUUCGUAAAAAUGUACAUGCAAGGAUGAUCUUAAUAAGCCAUUUCAUUUAGCGAUUAAAUGCUAACCUUUUUGUUACCGGGCCCUAAUUAGAAUCUUGUGUGGAAACUCCCCAGCAUGACCCUCUUGAGGACAACAUCACCUUCAAGAGAAACAAUUCCUAAUUCUAAGAAGAAAUUUUCCCUAUCUCUGUCCGGGGGAAUUGUCUAGAUCGAGUGUAGGUGUGAAAAAUAAUAAUGUUUGUGAUGUCAUGCUUGUAAUGUUUGGUGUAAUUCAUGUGUUUCAUAUUACAUGAGAUGCCUACUUUUCCUUUUGGGUCUGCAUCUUUUCCCUAGAUACCACAUACUGCAAAUGACAAUUUUCACUAAACCAUCAAUCCCAAUCGAAGGCAAGAAUUUGGAUUGGUAAGGAGAACUACAAGUGAGAUUCUAGGAUAAAACUGUGGUGUCGAUUGUUUUUGUCGUCACUUUGAGAGAGAAACAUGGUGUUUAAUGCGUAGUGUUGAGUACACUCUCGGGAUUGACGCAAAUGAUUGAAGUCACAGUAUGGGCGCAACCGGCAUGCAUGUAUUAAGAAACACAUAUAUUACUCUACCAUACAAGGUCUGGGUCCUCCUUGAUCUGUUAUUUCAAUUCUUGAUUAUUUUUUACUGAGCUUCUUUAUGUAUAUUGUAUAAAUGAAUAGUGAAGAGAUAUCAGUUAUAAUGUAUCUGUGUCUCUUAAUUAUUUUGUAAAUGACUGUAAAUAAUAUUGUGUAGUGCAUGUUCUUAAAUUAAAAAAAAAAUGUAAAUGGAUAAAGAUCCACUGAGUGUUUCUAGUACACCAAAAGACUAUUAAUGUUCUCUUUAAGGCUGACAUUGGGCUUUAGGCUGGCCUCAAGGACAAUUAUGUCGCAUUGACAUUGUCCUUGACCUCUGGCAGUCAGUCCUUGGCUUUGGUUUUCAGGCCUGGUGCAUAACACUGACCGAAACCCAAUAUUUACCCCCUCCCCCGAAAACAAAAACAUAAAAUCAUGUACUUGUAGAUGAAAAUGCAGCUUGUAACCCCUACCAUGUCAUUGCGAUAAAUCUUGACACAGUAUUUGAGUUUUGAAUACAUUUUAAUCUUUGUAAUGUCAGAAUUGCUUGAAAGUUUUCCAUCAUUUAGACCCCAUAUUGUCAAUGUUAUAUUGCAUGUGAUAUAUUUUCCCAAUUUCAGUCAUUGUUAGCCAAAAAGCUAAUCUAUAUCUAUUGGGGAAAUGCAUUACUUUAAUCAUCUUUAAAUAUUUAUGUGAUAAGUUAUAAAGCUAUCUGAAAACCUUAACCACUUUAUUUUUAAAGCAUCUUCAAAUGUCUAUCCGUUUGUUUUUAAAAGUGUGUGUAUUUCCAUUUCAUGUCUAUUUGACAUUAUUUUUAUGUUUUGAUUCAAAGCCAAUAUUUGUUUUAUAUUUGUGUUGAUUUUAGAUCAGUGAGAUGAUGAAGAGUCAUUUCAAGUUGAAUCAAUUUAUGAUCAGUAUUAGAUUCUUCAAAAGGGCAACAUCCUGUCAUUUCCAAACACCUAAUUUAUUGUGUAAGAAUGCUUUAUUAAUUCUCAAAUAAUAAUUAAAAAAAAGCUUAACAAAAAAUAUUCUCUUGAGGUUUGUGGAAGUUGAUAAAUAUCCACCCCCCCCCCAAAAAAAAAAUACAAACAGGGGUGUGGGAGUUCAGAUUUGUAGCUGAAUUCAGAUUUUUUUUUUUCAAUUUCAGCUUAUUUUUGGCUCUCCACUACAAAAAGUAUGGGAGUUCUUUGUAUUUCAGACUUUUUCAACACUCUUUCUUCAGGUUUUUUUUCCAGAUCCUGUUUUUUUUUUUGGGGGGGGGGAGUGGUAUCCACUCACACCCCUGUACAAACUAUUAAAAUGAUGGAUUGAAAAACAUUUAUUUGAUUUUGCCAUUCUGUUGCCAAUUUGAAAACAAAAUCAAUGAAAGCUCAUGUGAUGGAUAAAAAAAGGGUGGGGGUGUCUUGUUGAGCCAAAUUUUGUCCUUGCAUAGUAUUAAAUUUAGGGAUCUAAAAAGUCAGAAUUUAUGCAAACUUUUGAAGCUAUAUUAUGUACAUGUACUUGGCAUGUGGUCACAUUACAGGAGUGAGGUGUGUAUACUGCAUUACCAAAGAGCUUUGUAGUUAAUAACAAAAAUGUAUCAAGUUUAUGUGUAUAAGUCAAAGCCAUAUCAUAUAAGUGAAGUUGCUGAAUCCAUAUCAUAUGAAAGUGAAGUUAUGAUAACCAUGUCA